AUGGCCGGAAUAUUCAAAAAGGUUUACGACUGGCUUCUGCGGACAUUUUGGGCGAUGGAGAUGGAAGUUACGCUCGUUGGUUUGCAGAAUGCCGGCAAAACGUCAUUGUUAAGAGUUCUCGCCGGUGGUGAAUUUACUCUCGAUUCUAUACCGACCGUCGGCUUUAAUAUGAAACGCGUACAACAGGGCCAUGUGACUCUGAAAUGUUGGGAUAUUGGCGGUCAGCCAAGGUUUCGAACUAUGUGGGAGAGAUAUUGUCGCGGCGUCAAUGCUAUCGUCUUUAUCGUAGACAUCGCAGACGUAGAUCUCAUUCCGCAGGCUAAGGAUGAGCUGCAUUCCCUCAUGAGCUAUCCAACAUUAGCUGGAAUUCCCCUUCUGGUGCUUGGCAACAAGUCUGAUUUGCCUCAGAAACUUUCCGUCGAUGAACUCAUUGACGAAUUGGAUUUGAAGCAGAUUCAAGGCCGAGAAGUCUGUUGCUAUGGUAUCAGUGCCAAAGAAGAAACUAACCUCGAUGCUGUGGUUCAGUUUCUUGUGAAAUGGGCCAGCCGAUAA